UUCUAUUUUGGAAGAGAGAGACAAUUCCCAGUCUACAGUGGAUUUAUGGCCUAUCUUGAAGUAUUCUUCUGUAAAGGAUCUUAUUUAACAAAUGUUAAACCAGCUUUAAGACCAGUACCAACACCACCUCCCCCUAAAAAGAGAUGUGUUGAAGGACCAAAUAGAAUAAUUAAUGCAAAAUAUGAUAAAGGUCCAGUUGUUCAUGUUGAAUUACAUAAAGAUGAUUUGAAAGACACUACUUAAUAUGGUUAUGGAUUCUGGUUCAGAUACACUGGUUUGGCAGGUGGAUAAAAUGAAAAUAGUAGACCAGAUUGGUCAUUGAUUGCCCGUCUUACAAAUAAGAAGGAAACACCAAAAGAUAUUAGAGAUGGUUUAUUAACUAUUUUCUAAGGAAAAGUUGGUUUCUUUUAUAUCACUGCUAAUAAUAAAGCUAAGAAAUUAGUAGAAUUAGCUUAACCAUUUGGAGAUAUUGAAGGAGUUUGGAUUUACACUUAUUUCAGUUAUACUAGAUAUAAGGCUAUUGCAUUUUAUUAGAUUGAGAAUUAAGCUCCAAUUACCUUAGAAGCCAAAGUCACACAUCCAAGAAUGGAAUAAUUAUUAUUCUAAGUUGGUGGAAAGGAUCCAUAAGAUAGAUAUUAUUCAUUUAAUGGUUAAUUCCAUAGACCAGUUUUAAGAUUAGGAUCAGGAUCAUUCUUUGAUACAUUAGAAGAAUAUAAUCCAUUCUGUUUAAGUUGCAAUCCUCAACCAUAAAAGGAUUGUUCAAGUAAAGGUUUGAUUAGAGCAGUCUCAGCCAAGGCUUCAUAAUUCAAUGGAAAUCCAGUUAAUUCUGGUGAUAGAUUCGGAACAACUGAAUAAUAUUCUGUUUAAGGAUGGUUCAAAUGGAAUGGUAAGACAUCUGAAAAAGAUUAAUUAUUAUUCAGAUUAACAUCUACUCUUGCUGGUGAAGAUGCACUUAAUUUUGAUACACUUAGUUGUUACUUUGAUACUAGAGAUUAAACACUUAAUUUCUAUACUUAUACAUAUACUGAUUAAUUAGGGUAAUUUUAUAUAAUUAUAUUAUUAGAUCUGGAAAUCCUGAAGUUAGAUAAAUUGUUGAAGGUAAGACAUUUGUCAAAGAUUGGUUCCAUAUUUACUUUGCUUAUUCAAGAAAGAGUAGAUAAGCUGAUGUUAUUGUUGAACAUUCAUAAGGAAAGGGAGCUUUAUCAUUCAAGAAUGUUAAUCAUUAUGUUGCUCCAUCACUUAUUCUUUACUAUG